AUGAGUGACAGUGAAACCCAAGCGACCAGUGCAGCCGGCAUCAAGGCUGAACCAGGCGCAUCAAGCAACCACGAAUGGUUUGAUGCUGUCGAUAAAUACCUCCGUCCCCUCAACCUCCACCGUCUCCUCGAUGCAACCAUGAAACGACCCGUCGAAUAUGGCCCCAUUGCAAUAAAAUGGAUGGAUCUAUCUGAGCAAGUCUCGUUAUGGCUGAUACAGAGCAUGGAUCCAACGCUAUAUCAAAACAUCACGUUACGAAGUGACCAGCGACCUCAAAGGGGGCUGCAACCUAUGCCUGAGUUCGCUACCUGCAUAUCAAGUUGA